AUGGGAGGAUGCGGUCAGUGGCACCUUAAGACGGAAGUGAAUGAAGUAUCGGAAACGUGGCACUUUAAGGCAGAGUCGCCACAAAAUCUUUUGGAGGCAUCGAACGAGCAGAAGCAACAAGACAAUACAUUAGGUGACGAUGGCGAUCGGUGGUGGAUUCAGUGUUCAGUGAUGGAGCCAAGGGGAAAUAUCGGGCCUACUGGUGGAGAUGGGCAGUACUAUUCACACAGCUUUAGAGCUAUUCGACUAGGCCAUAUGACAUCAGGCUUCAUUGCAGAUAGAGUUGAGGACCGUGAGAAGGAGAAAGAGAGAGAGAGAGAGAAGGGCAGAGGCAGAGGUUUCCUUUCGAUCAUCUGCAUUUGGCAGCUAUUAGUUGUGUGA